GACUCACGUGGACGAGGCGCUCUUAAAACCUAGCUCCUGACUUUUCCUCAAGUUCAAUUUUUUGGGAUUCCCUCCCACCCUAACCGCAUCAAGACGCUUUUACUUUUCCAGUUGUCACUAUUUAACCCAGUUUAUCUCUCCCUUUUUCCGUUUUUUUUUCUUUUCUUCUUUUCUAUUACUCAGCGGCGCUAUUCCUCCACUUCGUCUUGCUCCCUUUUCUACAGCAGCCCCAGACUCUUGCCUCGCUCUGCUUAGAGCUCUUUAAACCCGUUUUUUUUAGUUCUUCUGCCUCUGAGGAAUGCCACCGGUGCUCCUGCGGAGCGUCCGGCGGGGGAGCUGAGAAGCCUUCAGCGGACCGCGCUCGGCCACGACGCCGCGGUCGCUGUCCACGGUGCUGAAGCGCACCGGGCAGAGGACUCCCGCCGCUGCCGGAAGCGGAUCAUCUUCCUGCUUUAGACUUUUUUUGACGCCGAAUCGAUUGUUACACCAACUGCGUUAUUGAUUGCGUCUCGUCAGACGUGCCGACAACAAGAAAAUCGGAUAAACGAACAGUUUGUGCGUGUGUUUUUUUUUUAUUUCAUCCGGAACUAUUUCCCUUUAAAGAUCCGAAAGGGAGAGUGGAAGUAAAGCGGAUGAAAACAAGCGACGGAGGUGCGCGUCCAGGAUCAAACUUGAAAAUAACCCGUCUUCCUUAGAAUAAAACUUGCCCCUACUACCAAAUGGUCAUUUAAGAAAAUAAGAAAGAAGGCCUCAUCGGAACAAUGGAGGCGUCCGCCAAUGGGUCCAGUUUCGGCAUUGACUCGCUGCUGUCCCACCGGCCGGGGAGCCCGCUGUCCAAGGGGGACGGUCUGCUGUCGGGGGAGUGCCGCUCGCCGCUGGAGUUCAGCCCCAGGUCGGACGUGGAGAGCGGCUGCUCGUCGCCUCCGUCGCCCAGGAGGGAGUGCGUCGAGGAGGCAGUCCAGAGGCAGGUGCACGGCGCGGGGCUGCCGCCGCACCUGCAGCACGCACAGAUCUCCGCGGGCGCGCAGCAGCGGACCGUGACGUCCUCCUUCCUCAUCAGGGACAUCCUGGCGGACUGCAAGCCGCUGGCCGCCUGCGCGCCCUACUCCAGCAACGGGCAGCCGACGCAGGAGGCCGGCAGGCUGGCCUCCAAAAUAGCGGACGAGUUCAUCGAAAAGAUCCACAGCAACUCCUCGUCGGACAGCGAGUAUAAAGUGAAAGAGGAGGGGGACCGGGAGAUCUCCAGCAGCAGGGACAGUCCCCAGGUCCGACUGAAGAAGCCCAGGAAGGCCCGCACGGCCUUCACGGACCACCAGCUGGCGCAGCUGGAGCGCAGCUUCGAGCGCCAGAAGUACCUGAGCGUCCAGGACCGAAUGGAGCUGGCGGCCUCACUCAACCUCACCGACACGCAGGUCAAGACCUGGUACCAGAACCGGAGGACAAAGUGGAAGCGGCAGACUGCGGUCGGGCUGGAGCUGCUGGCGGAAGCGGGGAACUACUCCGCCCUGCAGAGGAUGUUCCCGUCCCCGUAUUUCUACCCGCAGAGCCUGGUGUCCAACCUGGACCCCGGGGCGGCCUUGUACCUGUACAGGGGUCCCUCGGCGCCCCCGCCGGCCCUACAGAGACCCCUGGUCCCGCGCAUCCUGCUGCACGGCCUGCAGGGGGGCGGAGAGCCGCCGCCGCCUCCGCCGCCUCCUCUUCCACCCAUGUCCGGAGUGCUGCCCCGGCCUGCGCAGCAGCGGUGAGCCGGGCCCCCCCUGCUGAGUUUUUAUAGAACAGACUGGACCCGUUAGAAUAAACAGGACGAAUAAAGACAGAACCGUCAGAGGACCAGAAAGAGUUCGGCCUUAACGGGACAAAACUGGCCGGCUGUCAGGAUGGAUCUGACCAGAACAGACUAAAAAACUGACGAUUCGUUGUUUCCUUUCAUUUCUUUGUCUUUGCGAGACAAAAGGUUUAUUUAUAAUUUAUUUAUUUUUCAGGAUGCAUUAAAGCCUCUAAGUGAAGUAUUUAUUUACACCCACCUUCAGUAUUCGGGCUCCGGCACUUCGACCUCAAGCCAAUUAUUAUUAUUAUUAUUAUUAUUAUUAUUAUUAUUAUUAUUAUUAUUAUUAUUUGCAGGUAAAAUUCGCAAAGAUGAGCAAACUUUCCUGUAUGAAUAAAAAGUAGUUGUAAAAUCCAAAGGAACACUUUUUUGUCAUUCAUCUGAGUCAUGAACGUGUAAAUAAGAAAUAAGAAGACCUUUUUUUUUUUUUUUUGAUUGUUUGCUACUGUGUCCAGUUUAAACCGAAGCGGUGGGAUAAUAAAUAUAUGGUCUGAGGAAAAGGAUGGACUGGGUGUUUGGAGCCACAAAGCUCUGUUCUCGCUGACUUCAAUAUGUCAAAUUAUUUAUAUCUAAAGACGCGGUCUUACCCCAACUCAGAAUUUUAAAGCGCCGCCUUGGUGAGGCCUCGUUUUGUAUUUUUUAUCGGUAAUUGAUUAAGCAGACCUGGGUCCAGCGCUCAGGUGGGCGAUGCCAGUUGAUCUGUUGACGUUGUGCAUCAUUUCUGUUAUUUCAUAUGACGCUGUGAUACUAACUCCGUACUGUUCCGACUCUCCUUUAUAUUGGUGAACAUGUAUAUUGCAGAUAUCAACCUUGUGGAGUGAUUUUGGUAUAAUUACAUUUCCUGGAUUUCAUUUAACUGAUUUUUCUCCCCCUUUCUUUCAAAAUUUCAGUUAAUUCAGGUUCUUGAAAGAAGUUCCCUCUCAAAAAAAGUGGUGAAGUUUACUUUUAUUUUUCAGUGAAGUUCACAGCAAAGGCUGGACUGAUUAAAAAAAAAAAGAUGAAAAAAAGAAAAAGAGGAGGCGGUAUUUGAUGUAAAAGAGAAUUACUUUUAUAAAUGUGGAAAUAAAAAAAAAAUGUCUUUCAUUUAA